AUGCGACACUGGCAACAACUCGGGCAACGAACACGGUUGUCACCAUGCUUGCUUUCUUCUCGCGUAAAUACAACCAUUCGACCUUCCAUUUCGGUCCACACAACGUUCUCGCCUUUGUCGCCUUCACACCAUCGAUUAAACCUUAUCCGAGCCCAUGGCACGCAUCACCACCACCACGGAGAAGAGGGUCAUGUGCAUGCUGAUCUUGCUAGUACUUUACAGCAAUCGAGCAAACGAGGAAUGCGUAUCACACUUGCCGGGUUAUUUGCCAACGUUGGCUUGACGGUAUCCAAGGGCAUCGCUGGAUGGAUGUGCAACUCGGCAUCCUUAUUGGCCGAUGCAACCCAUUCGCUCAGCGAUCUAAUGAGCGACUUUACAACCUUGUACACAUUCAAAAUGUCACGAAAGCCACCAGAUGCACUUUACCCUUACGGAUAUGGCAAAUUUGAGACAAUGGGUUCCUUAGCAGUGGCUGGAUUUCUGCUUGCAGGUGGUGCUGGUAUUGGUAUUCACUCUUUUGAUUUGCUCCUUGCUGCUAUCAAUCCUGCUACGGUACAAGAAGCAGCUGCUGUCGCUACUCAAGAAAGCAGCAGCGGAUUUUUCCACCAUCAUCAUCACCGUGGAGAUGUACUCGAUCCAAAUGCUGCAUGGUUUGCACUUGCCAGUGUCAUUAUCAAGGAAGGAUUAUACAGAGCAACAAUCAAGGUCGCCAAGGAGGAAAGAAGCGAUGUAUUGGUUGCAAAUGCCUGGCACCACCGAGCGGAUGCAUAUUCGAGUAUUGUAUCUCUCGUAGCCAUUGUGGGUAGCUAUGCUGGUAUACCGGUCCUCGAUCCUAUUGGCGGUUUGAUUGUGUCGGCAAUGAUCAUCAAAAGUGGCAACGGUAUCCUCAUGUCGUCAUUACGUGAACUUAUGGAUAAGGGCAUUGGUCAUGAAACAAUCAUGGAUAUCAACCAGGCAAUUUCAGAGGUCAAGAAAAAGGAACAUGAUCUGCUUGAUUUUCAUUCGGUGCGUGGCAGAAAGCAAGGACCUUUUCAUCAUGUGGAUCUGGUAUUGCGGGUCGAUCGACAGCUUCCCAUGCACAAGGCCCAUCAUUUGGAACAGGUUGUGCAGGAUUCAAUCAAACGCCAUUUCCCUGAUAUCCAACAAGUGAUGAUCUACCUUGAGACGAAAGAUAACAAUCAUACCAGCGCCAACAACAACAUCCCUCCACCUCCUUCGUCAUCACAGCAUCAACAUCAGCAUUAA